CCUUCGACAGUCCGACACGUAUAUAGGUCCAACGCCAUCUGUCGACCUUCAUUGACUACGCCCUCUCGAGUCUCGAGUAUACUUAAUGCUGUUAUGCCGUCGUCGGUAGAGGAUGAUGUGCCCGAUCCUUGGCGUCUGACUGUCAUUCGCACGGAAGGAUUGCUCUUCGUCCGUCCCGGAAGAUCGUGGCGGCCUGUUGUAUAUAUAGAGUCUGCAGAUGCGCCUCAGUCACACGAGACAGCCCUGGGACACAAAGGACAAAGUCUGAACGCAAAUAUUCCGCUCCUGCUGCACCAUGUUGACCUUCGGAGCAAACUUGACAUCAAGAUCGUGCACCAAUCGCUGAAACACAGGAAGAAACACCAUCUCAUUGCAUCUGCCUGUGUCUCGCUGGGCGACCUCGCGGACCAACAACAAGAUCAACCGGACUUCACGGCCGAAGUGCGCCUCUCGUGCACCAAUUUCCGAAGCCCGUCCAUCAAAUUCGUGAAUGGUCAACAGCAGCGCUAUGCCACGCUCGUCGUCGUACUACGUGCACCGACGUCUGCUUCUCCCACCCUGAUCGACAAGGAACUUGAUCAGUCUGAGUCUGAGGGAGAUACGCUACUGGAGUCGUCAUCUGCAGGUGAUUCAGACAUUGAGGCUGAUGAGCCUUCGCCUGAACAGCCAGAUAUCCCACGAGACGGGUUACGGAGGCGCAGACUACAGAUUCGUGGCUACAACGUCGAUACCGACGAGGAUGCUGCUUCUGGGUCAGAGGCAUGCUCACCGUACGCAGUGACGCCUGGGGACGAGUACUUUCCACCGAAUAUCGACACAUGGGAUCCUACGGGCACUUCUGCAGCGGACGGAAGCACCGAGUCUCUGCAUAGGGCGCGAGCGCAGGUGCCUUCCGACAUCCCGCUGCACAAUGGCCAGCACCCCACAGCACCUACGCGUCUCUCGUGGCGCACGAGGAUGUCAUUUCUGCGCCAGAGGAUAUCAUGGCUGGGCAAUGGCAUCUCGUGGUGUGGUGCCAGUGUCUCGAACUUGGGCGAGAUGGCACUGAAUCAAGUGACGCCGUAUGCGGAACUUUACGAGGCACAGCAGGCGGAUGGCCACGAUGUCUAUGACAAAGUGCAUACGCGCCUCCUGAAGGAAUGGUACGCCGUUGCCGCUACGCUUGUCGCGCUAGGCGGUAUAGAUGCGGCCACAUUCGGUCUAGCACCCGAUUCCAUCUUCCCUGUGGACGGGCUUGCGCGCCAUGUCGUCGCGCUCGGCGCUAUCACUGCGGGCCUCGGUCUCUUCCACGACUGUGUACUGCUGUUCUCGUACAGCAACAUCAACGGGGAGCGCUUCCGCGAUGUCAACGGCAGCUAUGUCACAUUCUCCCUCCACUGCCGCAUUCCAUUCGUCUGCAUGCUCAUUUCUACGAUGAGCCUGACGGUCUUCCUCCUCAGCGUCGCUUGGUCCGAGUGGCCCGAUGCGGUCCUCGCGAUGUCGUUCCUCUCUGGUGUGUUGUUCUCGAUGCAGUACUUGGUAUAUGGGUGUUCUCGGGUCCCUACUUUGUUGCGUGGCAGGCGACGGGCUGUGCCCGAUGCUGCUUCGUAGAUGAAGGUACAUGCUGCCCGUAUUUAGUAGAGAAGGGUAUGUAGCUCG